UGCGGUUGGCGGCACUGGCGACUCCCACCCCGACACACAACGAGGCCUCUCUAGAACAAGGCCUCGGCACUCUCACUGCCCAUUGGCCCUGAUGUCGCCACCCUAUCGUCUCCCGCAAUGGCCUCCACAAUCCUCCGCACCUCAAGACCCACAACAUUUCAACCCUCCCCGUCGAGGCGACUACUACGACAACGGCAGCGAUCCAAGCCGUCAGCUGGACGACGACGACGUCACGACUCUAGUCGCCGACGGCAGGGACAGCUGGAAGCAGCAACAAUGCCGUCCAGCAGACGACCUGGCCGACGAGUCCUUCCUGGGCGUGCCGAUAUUCCGAGGAGAUGUCGUACGCGAUACUGAGGAAGAUGGCGGCGGCAGCAAUCUGGAGCUGUCCUUUUUGGACGACGACCACGCCGCAGCAGCGUCGACGACGAUGCCGGGAGGCGAGAGGGCAUCUCCUACAUGGAACAGCGGCAACCGUGCCGAACAACGAGCAACAACGACGGAACCAGUGGUUUCCGUUGGACCGGCCGUCAGUUCGUCGACCCCAAUGAGGGUGCGGUUUGCCCCCGACGUCGGCGAUGGAGGCACGGCGCUCCUAGAGGCGGCGGAGGCGUCGCCGUCGCCGCCACCACCACCGGCCGCAAGGGCAGACCGCCGAGGCGACGAAAACGAGCAUGUCUUCGCGAGCGGGUCGUCGUGCUUUGUGCGCCAUCGGAACGGCAUGCACACGGCAUGGCGGCGGAAGGCGGUGGUGCCAGACAACCCGAGGCAGCCGUUGCAGGUCACCGUGGCGGCCGCCCGAGCAGAACCUCCGAACGGGGUCAUCGGCGGUAACACCAACAACACCAUGAGAAGAAGAGAUCCCGUGGCACCUUCAAGCAGGGAAGUAGUGAUGAGUGCUGACCAGUUAAUCGUGCAGUCGAUGUCGUCUACCCAGCAGCAGCAGCAGCAGCAGCCUGUAAGACUCUUCCUCCGCCGAAGCCGGCUCCCGGUCUCUCCCGAACCUGCUGGAAAAGAAAACGUUCGCCCUGCGGCCGUUCUUAAAGAAACCAAGGGCAGCGUCGCGGGAGCGCGGCGGGCCAACGGCAGCCAGCAAGCGUUCCCGCUACCGUGGGGCGGCACUCACUCGCCCGUGACUGGUAUGCAGCUGAAUCGGGCUAGACCGGACGGGGGAGGAUGGGGAGGAAGAGAGGCACUCCUAGAGGUACUGACCACACCGCCACCGCCACGGGCACGCCCGCGGUCGGCGCAACACGUUGCGCGUUCCCCGCCGCUGACCACCAGAAUAAGCCCCAGCAUUUCCACCAGGAGGGCCGUCGUCGUCGUUGACGACGAGAACACCCCGCCCCCCAGGCGGCGAACGCCUUCGACGCCGGCGGUGGCGGCGGCGGCGGCGGCGGCCCCCCUGUCCUCCGUGGCGAUCCGGGAGAACCUCGCCCGCGUCGCCCGCACGAGCAAGGUCGGUACCAAGGCCGACCCGGUGCACCUGUACCGGCAGAGGCAGGAGCUGGAGCAAGCGAGAACAAAGAAGGCCGCCGGCGUCGCCAGGAGCAGGAGGAAACCAACAAGCCGCGAAGGGCGGCCCACCGGCGGUAUUUCCGUCUGGGGUACCGGCACGGCGGGGGGCUGGGUGGGGGUGAAUUCCGGCGGGGGCGGGGAAAGGGUGGGUGGCGGCGGCGGCGGCGGCGGCGGCAGGGUAGGCUUGCGGUAGCAGCGCAGCGGCAAAAGGCGGCCGAAGAGAUGCCAUGGACGUACAGAUGGGAUCUGUGUCUGUGUGUGUAGCUGACCGACGGGUAUGAGAUCCGACGCCCUUAGUUGUUCGUGUUGGAAACUCAUGCUAGCUUUAUUGACGCAUUUGCGGCUUGCUUUUUGCCGCUCGGGCCCUCCGCGAUGGUCUGUCUCUUGUCGUAAGAGUUCGGUGUCUUGCGUCAUUUCUGCCUUGCUUCGUGGCGGCGGUCGAUUUGCAGGGGAGGGCGUAAAUCUGAGGGGUUGACGCGUCGUCUCUCUUGUUACAGUCAGCUUCUCACAGGAAGCACUUUGAUGAAGGUGGCGUUGUGGGUUCAAACAAACGAGGCGGCGAUGCCUACAGCGUAGCGAAUUGAACCCGGAAGUAUCGCGGGAGUCUGCCUGGUUGGUUGUGCAUUGUAGGCGGCGGUUUCCUCCCCGCGUGGCGUUUCGGCACAAGUGGUAUAGGUUCGUCGUCCGAGGUUAGGCGUACGUGUUCCGAAGUCAAUUGUGUAUUGGUGAACUGGCGUUUCGUUCGUUCGAAGAUCAUUGCGUGGGUUCCACCCACGU